CGCCUGUGGAGAAAAAUUGCCCAGUUCUUCAAGACCGACCUGCGCUUCCAGAGAUCGCCGUGAUGGCCCUGCAGGUGGCUAGCGAGGCUUACCUGGUCGGUCUGUUUGAGGACACCAAACUGUGUGCCAUCCACGCAAAGAGGGUGACCAUCAUGUCCAAGGACAUCCAGCUGGCCCGCCUUAUUCGCAGAGAGCGCGCGUAAAUUAUGACUUGAUCUCCAAAAUCCCACCUCCAUAUUUCCAUCAAAAAGGCACAAUUGAUAUAUUUAUUUGUGGUCCUCUGUAGCUCAAUUGGUAGAGCAUGGCGCUUGUAACGCCAGGGUAGUGGGUUCGAUCCCCAGGAUGUAAAAAUGUAUGCGCACAUGACUGUAUGUCGCUUUGGAUAAAAGCGUCUGCUAAAUGGCUUCUUAUAUACCUGCACCUCUACAUUUCUCACCAUGUAUGUUGUUAACUAACCCGUCUAAAAGCUACGUAUUGCAUGUUUUACUUGCCUGAGGCGUUGAAAUAAAAGGCAUCAAUCCAAAUGGAUUAUCUACAAUAGUCAAAGUCGCAUGGCAGGCCGAGGCUCUACUAUAUAUCCGUGCACUGUUGAUGCCCUAUGCUUCAUUUAGGACCUCAAAGGAAUAAGUCAACUCCUAUAGGGAGUAAUUUCACCGCCACCUGCUGGAUCAGAAGUCAUGUGGCCAACACUCUGCUUAAAAUCAUUAAGAGCUAUAAGGAGUCCAUCAACUAACUGGUCAGUCAAGUCAUAUAGUGAGGGAUUUCAUGGCCACCUGCUGGAGCAGAAGUAAUGUUUGCCAACAUUGGCCUUAAAAUCAUUAGGAGCUAUAAGGAAUAAGUCAACUCAUCAUUCAAGUCAUAUAGGGAGGGAUGUUAGCACCACCUGCUGGAUCAGAAUUACUCUUCACCGUAGGCUCAGAGAGCCAUCAUCUCUCAACUGGUGCAAUUUUCAUAAGUAUGUGGUAAAAAAACAAAACAACAACAGCUCAUCAUAUAGGCAGUGGUUUCAAAACACUAAGCACAUGUUCAAGUAUAGCACACCAAAUCAUACAGGUACUUGUUCACCACACUGAAUCAGUGUUUAAUCUAGAAAUACAUGCUUUGCAUUGCAAUACAUGUUCUUGUAUAGUCAUUGCUUUCCACAAUGCAAUGCUCACAUCACUUUCCGUGUGAUAUUGUUGUUCAUUUGUUCAAAUGUAUUUGACUAUGACUGCUCUGAAUUCAUAAUCACUUCACGGUUUGGUGUUAACCUACCGAUUUUCAAUUGCUUUGCCUACUGUAGAUUAGGAACACUGUCAUGAAAAUGUAUGGUUGGGAAGUCUAAAAUGAGGGUAACUCCCCUUAAGGUAAAUGUCUGUGUUCUGAGUGGCAAAAAAAACAAUGUUUUAUAACAUUUAGAUAUGUGCAUACUGGCUGUCCUUAGGCAAACGCAUUUAGAAGGGAAAGACGUGGAACCAAUUAAUACUUUUCUUGCUCUUCAAUCAAAACAAAACCUUCACAAAGUGGUGCGUUUUGCCCCAAAAUGACCCCUGAGGAUUAGUGUGUUCUCAUUUGUCAGUAAUUGACCCUGACAUACUCCCUUUAAAUUGUACUAUUUUACUCAAAAAUAUACUGUAAUGUACUACUAUUAUGAUGAUGACUAUUAUGAUUUUACUUCACGGUAAGUACAGCAAAAUGCUGAUAUUGACAAGAUCAGAGACGUAAGGUAUGUCCCAAAUGCAUCCCCUAUACCGUAAACAUGGAUCCAAAAGGAAGUGGCUGGGGUCUACUGAACUGUGCCUAUAGCAUGUCAAAAGUCCCUCAAACGGGAAAUAUCCCUUGGCAACUGGGCAGAGGCGCUGUCCAUUUCAGCACCACGGAGCUCCCCUAUUACCUGUGUCAUGAGUGGAGAUGCAGCACAAGCGCUUUACAUACAAUGGUGCUGAAUACACCGGAGGUGCUCGCGGAGGCACUAAGGGAAGGGGUUAUACUUCUUUGUCUUCCACCACACUGCACCCAUGUCCUGCAGCCGCUGGACGUGGCAUACUUUGGCCCUUUAAAGGCUGAGUUCUCCAAGGUAGCUGGAGACCUUACCCAUUUUGACCACUCCUACAUGGUAAACAAAUCAGAAUUUGCAAGAGUAUUCCGCUACCCGUACCAGCGAUGCAAGGACAUGCGUUAUGUGGUGGAAGGGUUUAAGAAGUGUGGCCUCUUCCCUUUUUGACACUUUAGCCAUUGAAGGGUCCCGUUUAAUGUUGUCUCGGUCCCUACUGAGUCCCACCACCGCCUCUCCUGGAACCAGCAGCACUGUGCCAUCCAUCAGCGCCUCCUCCCCAGCGACCACAGGAGGACCCUCAGCCCCAUCUCCAGUCCCAGUCCCUGCUCCAGUCCCAGGCCUAGCUCUAGAAGAGCACCCCCUAAUAGAGGGUGGGCUGAUAGCGAAGGACCUGGGGCACAUCCUUACUGUCCUGAAGUAUAGGCUGGACCGAUACAGAAGAGUCCCUGUGGUCGCCACAUGCCUCACCGGGGAGGAAUACACGCGCCAGUGGCAGGAGAGGGGUAAGAAGGAGAGGGCAGAGGAGAAAGAGCGUCGGGCAGCCCUCAGAACACAGAGGGCACAGGAGAGGGCUGCCUGGAUGAGACCAUUGGCUCCAUCGCCUCUGCAGGACCCCCUGCUGGAACCACUCCUGACAGCUGUAUCACCACUGCCAGUGCCUCCCAGUGUGCAACACCUGUAGGAGCCGCCGCAGUCCCCAGCUGCAGAAGGCCACGUGCCUACUCUCCCGGCCACACCGUCGUCGGCCCCUCAACCCCACCAUUACAAACACCAGCUCCUCCAAGCCAUCUUCAGCGGUUUUGUCCAUCACCACCACGAUGCACACCACCCACCCUGUCUGUCAUCGCCAACACGGCCUCAUCUGGACCAACUGCCUCCUCAGUCUCCCCUGGUCACACCACCAUAGCAGCCUCGUCUGGUGUCCCUGGCCCCUUGCAAUUUGAAUACUGCCACCUCCACAGGUAAACACAUGUUAAAUUACGAACAAAUGACUGUUUGUUAUCUGUUUUAUAAAAGAGCAAUGUAAACAAAAUAAUCUCUCUUUACAUCUCUACAGUACAUAGCACCAGCCCUCAAGUCAUCUCCACCUCCUCUAAAACCUCUACAGCUUCCUAUUGAUGUAAAAAAGUUGAAAAGGGUUUUCAUGAAACAUGCUCUGUCUAACAGUACUUUUUCUCAAACUGCAGCACAGAAAAGGAAAAGAAAAGCUCCACCAGUCACGCCACCCAUGGCACCACUCUCAGGUACUUCAUCUGUUUUUCUCUCUCUCUUUUAUAAAAGAAGACCACCUGCUGUGCUCGGUGCGUGGAGCAUGAUCCGCCUGCAAGCUCCUCUCAGGAGUGUAGAUCCGAGGUGCCAUGGUUGUGCUGUGACUUCUGCCAGCACUGGUUCCACUGCAGGUGUGUGCAGUGGGAUCAAGAGGUAGCGGUGGAGCUGGAUUAUUAUUGUGAUUUUUGUGACAAUAUAAGGAUGGAGGUCGAGAUUUAAUUGUUUGUUUUGUUUGUGGUCAUAUUAAGUUAUUUAUUUGUAUAAAAACAUAAAUGUCUAUAAUAUAAUAUAUAUAUAUUUAUUGAACCACUCUUGUGUAUUUCUUCCUUUAGUUUCCAAGUGCAUCUCUGCAACAAUCUCCGACAGUGUUUUCAUUGUUUAUGUCAAUGAACAAAACUGAAAUUAAAGUUUUAUUUGAUUUAAGUUAUUCAUACUCAUAUUUUAGAAUUCAACUGUUAUCUACUUUCUCAAAACAUAAGAUGAAUCUGUCAAACAAAUGAUGAGACAUUACUUGGUUACAACACUGAAUAUGUUGGUGAAGAACCAUUUUUUUUAUCGUCCACAGGAGGGCGCACUGGGCUACGCAAUGAAAAGUUGACAGGCAAGUCAUAAUUUUUUACCGGAAGGCUAGCCAACUAGUCAAACACUUCCGGUACGAAUUUAAAUGGCUAUAUAUUGUAAUUGAACAGAAUAGUAAGGUGGCCAAUAACCGGGAGCCGUAUGCCGAUAGUAUGGGACAUAUUUUUUUGCUAAACCGCUUAUCAAAAAGCUGAUAAUAGUAGUAUUUCCACUGAAAUGUCAAACUUGCUAAUUGCUAACCCGUUAGCUAACAUUUUGACACCACCAAUAAUCACAUAACAUUGAUGGCUUGAUCACAAGAUAACACUGUUGAAGGCUAUGCAUUUUUUUAACGCUGUUGAAUAUGCCGAGAAUACGGGGUUCCACGCUACGUUUCCUCGUCUUCUUUUUUUUGUCAUACUACCUUUAGCUAGUAAGUAGCUAGCUAACAUAAGAGUGCUUGUGCUAGCUAGGUUACUUUCUAAGCUAAGCUAACGUUAGCUAAUUUAGGUUUGUCUGCCCAUGUGUAUUAUCGCGAGCUAGUUAGUAGCGUAUCAAUCGUGUGUCAGCCGUUGAUUGCUAACGUACGUUAGCUAAAAGCUAGCUGCUGUAAUGGCUAUGGAGAUAAUCCAUUUUGUCACACGUCGUAGCUACUUGUAGUAGUUGCAGGGUCUUGAUAAAAUGGGUUAAUGGUUAUGGUUAAUCGUCUAGAUUCUUCUUUUAACAGAUGUGGCCGCUCAGAGAAUAGAAUUAGUAACAUGCAAAGAAGGACCACACAAGGGUGAUUCCAGGAAAUAUGACCAAGACAUUUGCACGGCAAAAGACAGGAAGUCAUCAACCAGUGUCCCAGUGUUGAAGACAUGAAAGACAGAUGGCCUGCUCUGUUUAGAAGCCUCUCAGGUGAGUUAGCAGGCAAAAAAAGAAAAUGACAAAUGAUAAGUCUUUACUAUGACAAACAUCUUUGUUAUGAGCCCUGCUUGAUGAUAUUUCAGUAUUUGUCUUUCAGAUCAAUUAACAAUUCCACAGGCUCACAACAAAGCAUCUUGAGGCAAGGUUGGAGACAGAUUGCGGGUCAUGCUGGAUGGUAAAGUAUCCUCAGGAAAAAUGCACUGUUUUGUAUUUAGCUGGCUGAUGUUCGGUGCUGCAAUUUAAGCCACAGGCCCUGCUGUGCUACCCAAGCAUUGUACACCUUUUGCUAAUAUAGGAUACUUGGAUCGGUGAUUUCAUAGAUUUCACAUGCACGGAUUGAAUCCAAUGAGAUCAAUGAUUUUAUUCUAUAUCAGGGUCAUGAUGUGAGUUCAGUGAGGAAUUAUUGUUCAGCUUUACUGGAGGUGGCCUCAUUAAAGACUACCAUGUGGGGCCAAUAAAGCAUUUUCACCCAUGAAUAUUCGAUCACGUGUGUGUGUGUGUGUGUGUGUGUGUGUGUGUGUGUGUGUGUGUGUGAGAGAGAGAGAGGGAGAGAAUGUUCACUGCAAUCUGAUAACAAAUAAGGGCAUGUCGUAAUCCAGGUGGAAUAAAAUGUGUUCCCCACAUUGACAGAAUGUCUGUAUUUGUGUCUUAUUUAUUUUACAGAAAGCUGAGGGGGGACAUUUCCUGCAAGACCUUGCACAACAUGUAAAGGAAAUCUAUGCGAUCAACAAGGAGGGUGCCGUGGCAAGUGACAGCCCUCAAGAACAAAUGACUGUCUUAAGCAGAAUGACAGGCCAGAGGACAAUUGUCAUAGACUGAAUGUCAGGGUUACUUUGUAAAACCUUCGUAGUUAAACGCUUUGGAACUCUUCUCUCCCUUCAUUUUAUCUGGUAGCAGGUCAGGAACGGUGUCCUCUACCACAGGCCCGCUUGUUGUUGGUGAAGUCGCCUGGGGCACAGAAUCUGUGUUGGGACCAACCUCUGCCUAUCGGGGGAUGGUCACCGAGAGGCGGGGCUCGAGCACAUUGCGGUCUGGGACCCAUCCCCGAUGGGCCCGUGGCGGUCAUCUAGGCUAAAGAGGUUAGAGGGUAAGGAAGACACGUUUAUUCUGCAAGGUGUGUUUUAAAGGGUCACUACCACAGUAUUUUCCAUUGUGUUUUUGUAUACAAAAGAUAGAAAAUAGGUGUUUUUAAUGAAGGAUGUCAUUGUAAAAUGUAAUGUCUAUUUAGUUCCCAUACAGUUGUGGUUUGAAAUUCAGAUUUUUGAAUCCGUUGUACCAUUUUGAGGUUUCAUCAAGGUACACACCUUUUACCACUGGUAUUUUGACAAUUCUACCAUCAAUCAAUCAAUGAAGUGGAUUUAUAAAGCCCUUUUUAUAUCAAAAGAUGUCACAAAGUGUUAUACAGAAACCCAGCCUAAAACCCCACACAGCAAGCGAUGCAGAUGUAGAAGCGCGGUGGCUAGGAAAAACUCCCUAGAAAGGCACAAACCUAGAGAACAACCAGGCUCUGAGGGGUGGCCGGUGCCCUUCUGCCUGUUCCGGGUGGAGAUUAUAACAGUAUGUGGCCAUUAAGGGCACAUUUUUCUCCAAGAUGUUAAAACGUUCAUAGAUGACCAGCAGGGUCAAAUAAUAAGCACAGUGGUUGUAGAGGUUGCAACAGGUCAGUCAGUACAUCAGGAGUAAAUGUCACUUGGCUUUUCAUAGGUGGCCAUUUAGAGGUUGAAAUAGCAUCAGGUGUGGUACCAGGGUCUGUCUGCACAGUAUGGUUGUUAUGACAUCACAAUGCUACCUGCAUCACUGAUGGUCUACCUACAAAACCUUGUAGUUUAUUUUAAACAGAUUUCUAUUGGGAACUGUUGAAAAAAGGUGCAACUCCAACAUUAAUGGGUUAAAGGAAAAAUUACCAAAGUAAUAAAGGUGGCAUCCAUCAGCAGUGCUCGUGAACAGAGAAAUGUUAUAGGAACAAACGAGUAAAAGUGUUCCGAUUUUUGGGGUUGUCACAUCUUUCAUUGUUUUGGCCUUGUAGGCAACAUUGUAGUUUGAAAAAUAUCCCACAGUGCAAACACGAGCUAUUUGAGCCUCCACUUCAGUAGUUAUCCAUGGUUACUAUGAUAAUAUUUUGUUCCCCAUGACGUCUAUGGUGUUGAAGCUCCAUUGUAUCUCUCAUAAGUAAUGGUUCUGCCCACAGAGAUCCUAUACUAGUUAAUGUUCUAGUUCCUAUUUCUACAGUUUUGCCUACCUGCAGCAAUCAGGACUUACCUGCAGUGUUGAUUGCAAUAACGUAAUUUGUCAACUCAAAUUGCAAACCGUUGAUGUUUAAAUAAAUGGAUUCCCGGUGUCCGGAUACCUUUUCUCUUAAGGGAUCUGAUUGAGUGAAUUCAAAGUAAAAAUGUGAACCUUUUCUGAGUUGAUCUAAAUGAAUAUAUCAUGUAACAUUGAGUACAUAAUAGGAUGAAUCAUUCAGGUAAAAUAACACAAUGUCAUGGAUCUAUUCGAGUUGAAUCAACGUAAUAUAAUCCUUUUUACUUCUAUCAUCUUUACUCAAUGUAUUUUACCACAUCUAAACAACUUACUCAAGCUUAUCUACUCAUAAAAACAAGCAAAAAUAUCUACUCAAUAAUAUGACGUGUGCUUUUGUUGACUGUAAUAGUUUGAGUACAUUCCACAAAGUAAUUUUUUACAGUGUAUCUAAAGACAUGUUUGUUGUGGUGAUGCACUUUUUCUUUGACGUUGAACUUGCAUUGAACAGACAAAUCCAUUUCGUUACAACCCUUUUGUAGUAUGACUUAGGAAUAUAUGUUGAUGAUCCUAAUGUCUAUGCUUGAAUAGUGAUUGGUUGUUGGUGAAAUAUUGCUGAGAACCCAUCAUUUCCUGACCUUUUUUCACUAUUGAGCAAUUCAGAAACAUUUGUUUUGCUAUUGGAUUCAUAAUGCUCACCUGGACAAGUAAUUUGUGAAAACCAGAGUUCAGCAGUUGGCAUUAAAGCGAUCAAACCAAGUCAUCCUAAUAGUCUAGUAUUAGCCUAAAGCAGGGUUUCACAAACUCGGGCCAAGUUUUGGGAGUUUUUGCCCUAGCACUACACAGCAGAUUCGAAUAAUCAACUCAUCAUCAUCAAGCUGGGAUUAUUAGAAUCAGCUGUGGAGUGCUAGGGCAAAACGUAAAACGCGCACCCCUUGGGGACCCCAGGACCGCGACUGGGAAACGCUGGGCUAAAGAGCUAAUACUAAAAGGGACUCUGAUGUGCGCACACAUUGGCAGUACCCAAGUUUAACCACAAGAUGUCCUCUGUGCUCCACUGUAAAGUUUUGGCCUCUGCAUGAGUCUCUCAGCAGCACUGCAACAUGGGACUUUCAAAGUAGUUGGCAUGCAAUGUUUUUUCUUGACUGCAUGCAAGGCUUUACACACAACUAAUAGUGUCAAUUAUUCAUCUGAAAACAAUUCUUGUUACUAUUCGGCCUAUAUUAUCACUUGUUUCUUUUUCCCCUCCUUUGUAAAGCAUUUUACUGUGCUACUAUAGUCCAAAGGAAGUGGAUGAUGCCAGAUGGUUGUAUAUACACACACACACACACACACACACACAAACAUUGAAGCUAGACUUCAGGCAACUAAAAGGUGCAAUACGUAGCUUUUAGACGUGUUAGUGAACAACAUACAUGUUGGGUAAUGUAGAGGUGCGUGUAUAAAUGGAACAAUUAUGCCUUUUUGGAUGGAAAUAUGGAGGUGGCUCUUAAAAGAGCAUUUUGGGGAUUUUGGAGAUCAGGUCCAAACCCGCUACCAUGGUGUUACAAGCGCCACGCUCUACCCACUGAGCCACAUCAAAUAAAAACAAAAUUCACAUCUUAUAUACUGCCACAAAAAAUAACACUAAAUACACCUCAGGGGAGCACCUUCCCUCCCCUUUUUACCCAACCAAAAAAACACACCCUCACACCUUCCUCCCUACCUCUCUAUACUAACCCUAAACACCCCUUCCAUCUCUCCCGAGCAGCAUGCUGCCCCCACUUCUUCUCCUCUCCCUUCAUCCUCAUUUGAGUUUGUUCUGUCGUUUCUGGAUGAUUAAAUUGAAAUUGCAACCAACUUUCUAUGGCUUGUUUUAGAUAUAGUGAUAUUUGAGAGAUUAUUUCAUUUCAAAUAACUGAAAGUGAGAGGUUGUAAUCUGAAUAAAGGGGUAAAAUGCCAUUAUUGAACAUGUGGUGAUUAGAACACAAGAUUUCACUCUUGACUUUGGCGACUAUUAUUGCGCAACAGUGUCCUGUUGCCUGCGCGCAGUGUACUAUUGGCAUCGUUUGCCCUAGCAGGCUAGCAUUAGAUUAGAGCAUAAGAUUUUACUCUUGACUUUGGUGACUAUUAUUGCGCAUAAAGGGCUGGCAGUGUACUGUUGCGCGCACAGUGUGCUUUUGCCUGCGCGCAGUGUGCAGUUGCGUCCGCACAGUGUACUAUUGGCCUCGUUUGCCAUAGCAAGCUAGCAUUAGAUUAGAACAUUUCACUCUUGACUUCGGCGUCUAUUAUUGCGCGUAAAGGCCGGCAGUGUACUAUUGUUUUGGGCGCGCAGUGUAUUAUUGCGGGUGCACGCAAAGUGUAUUGUUCUGGACACGCAGUGUACUGUUUUGAAGCAAAAUAUCCUUUCUGAUAGCCGACAGAGGAGGCCUCUGCAACGGGCCAAUCGGGGUGGUGGAGAGAUGGGGUCCAAUCAGCAGAUGCCACUGUCGGCUUUAUACAUUUCACAUGGGCAUUUCGUGGCUAUAAUCCGACUAUCUAAGAAGGAAGCUAGCGCCAUGGCCAGAACCAAGCAAUCCGCUCGCAAAUCCACCCGUGGCAAAGCCUACAGGUUGCAGCUCGCCGCCAAGGCUGUGCGCAGGAGCGCUUCCCCGUUACAGGCCCGGCACCGUGUCUCAGAGAGAUCCGUCGUUACCAAAGGUCCACUGAGCUGCCCACAAUGUGCCCUUCCAGUGCUUGUGGGAAAAAAAUCGGCCAGAUCUUCAAGACCGACCUGCGCUUCAAGAGCACCACUGUGAUGGCCCUGUAGGAGGCUAGCGAGGCUUACCUGGUCGGUCUGUUUGAGGACACCAAAUUGUGUGCCAUCCACGCAAAGAGGGUGACCAUCGUGCCA